GAGAACGAGAGAGAGAGAGCGACACGGGGAGAACGAGAGAACGAGACGCACGCACGCACGCACGGGGAGGAACUUGCCGGAGCGUCGCUGAGGAUACCCGGGGUUUGGCCGCGACGAUGGCGUCGUCCUACUAAGCUCGCCGAGAGAGAGAGAGAAGAAGAAGAGAGAGGGGAGGUUGCGGGUAUCUCGGAGGGAGCGAGCGAGAGGCCCGAGGAGAGAGAGCGACAUCAGCUGGGGAGGAGCCGCGCGGGUCCCGGGCUGCACGCCGGCAGCGCCCCGCGGAGACGCGGCCACCAUGAAGCAAAUGAACGUUCUCGCCAAGGCCCUCUACGACAAUGUGGCCGAGUCUCCGGACGAGCUGGCCUUCCGCAAGGGCGACAUCGUCACGGUGCUGGAGCAGAACGCCGGCGGCCUGCAGGGCUGGUGGCUCUGUUCGCUGCACGGGCGCCAGGGCGUCGCUCCGGGCAACCGCCUGCGCCUGCUCGUCGGCUGCUACGAGGGAGGUGGCACGGGAGGAGCCGGCGGCGGCACCGCCGCCGCCCGGCAGACGUGCGCCACCAACGCCGGCGCGGAAAGGGGCGGCUUCCGCUCGCAACCGCAGGAGGACAUCUACCGGGUGCCACCGUCGCCGGGCUCGGCGCAAGGUCUCUACCGAGUGCCGCCCUCCCAGGGCGUGUACGACGUGCCGCCGGCGGCGCCCGGUGCCGGCGGCGGCCAGGCCCCCUACCGGGUGCCGCCCUCCCUCGCCGAGUCCCGCGACGACGUCUACCAGGUGCCGCCUUCCUCCUCCGCGGCGGCGGCGGCGGGGGGCGACGGGCCCCACGACGCCGGCCAGGACGUGUACCAGGUGCCGCCGUCGCUGGCGGCCCAGGACGUGUACCAGGUCCCGCCGUCGCUGGAGGCCCCCCGCGGGGCCCAGACUGUGGGGGGCGCGGGUCAGAGGGGGGGGCCCCAGGCCCGGCUGAGCCCCACGCGGAGGGGGGGCGGCGGGGGGGCCACGGACGGGGUCGCCCCGCCGACGCCGGACAGGAAUCCCAGCGGCGGUGGAAGUGGCGGCGGCAGCGUUGGGCAAGACUCGUGCCGGGUCCACGCCGGGGAGGCAUCUCCUCGCGUGUCCUCUGACGAUGUCUACGACGUGCCCCCCUCACUGGGGUGCGCCACCCCCCCACGGCCCAACACCCGGACGGGCCAGGCCCCCCUGCACCACCACCUCCUCCACCACUACAGCAACCACAACCAGCAGCAGCAGCAGCACGGCCUUCAUCUACUGGCAUCAGGGGCCGGCGGGGAACAGGAACUUCAGGUGUACGACGUGCUGCCCGCGAGUGGGAGGGGGGGCGGCUGUGGCGGCGGCCAGGACGUGUACGACACGCCGGCGUCGCUGGGCCGCAUGGUGCCCCCCGUGCCCUCCGUGGCUCAGCAGCACCAGCAGCAGCAGCAUCAUCAUCAGCAGCAGCAGCAGCAUCAUCAUCAUCAGAUGGAGACGAUGGCCUCCGUGGAUGAGACCUACGAUGUCCCUCCGGCCUUCGGGGGCCGCAGCGUGCAGCAGGCGACCUCCGGUGCCGACGGACAGCGUCAGGCAGCAGCAUCCAACGGCUACCCGCGCCAGCAGCAGCAGCAGCAGCUGCGGCAUCAGCCGACGAGGAACGGCAACCACGCUCACGCCGCCGAGUCGCGGCGCUCCUCGGACGACGAGGUGUACGACGUCCCGGCGCUCGCCAGGGGCGCGCGGGGCGAGACCCCGGCGCCCGAGAGGCCGCCGGGGCCCGUCUUCCCCUACGCGGGCACCAGCGCCGCGCCGCCCCCCCCCGGCCAGGAGAUAUACGACAUCCCGCCGGGCCUGCAGGCGCCCAGGUCCGAGCCGCGCGAAGCGCCGGCCGUGGCGGCGCCGGCGGCGGCGGACGACGCCGAAGAAGACGUCUACGACUGCCCCAAGCCCGCGGUGCCGGCGUCGGCCGGUUCCGCCCGUGCGGGGAGCUCGGAGCCGCCGGUCCCGCACGGCGGGAGGGCCGCCGCGCCGGACUCGCGGGCGGCGGAGGCCUCGGCGGAGGGCCCGUUGGCCUCAUCGGCCUCGCCGGCCUCGCAGGACAUUUACGACGUCCCCAGGGAGGUGUACGCCUCCGUGCGCAAGGCGAGGUCGGAGGCGGCGUCGUCGCGGGACUGCGAGUACGACGUCCCUCCGGCGGCCUCGCGCGACGCCGCUUGCGCUGAGCCGCGGUCGAUGGCGCCGGGAGUCGGGCACCAGGUGGCCGCCGCCGUCGAGGCGAGCGUCGGGCGGGGCGGCGGCACGUCCUCCUCCUCUGCGUGCGUCGACGGCGCGUCGACGGCGAGAGCCUCCAAAGACGUCGCGUCGCCGCAUUCCGGCUCCCGGCAGCAGCAGCAGCAGCGAGCGGCACCCGUGGCGUACGUCGGGGGCGCGCACGGAUCGUCAAACGGGCCAGCGGGCCCGCAGCGCGGGGGCCCCGUGCCGCUCGGGAACGGCCUCUCCCACGGCGGCGUCGUCGGCCACAACGGGGUCGGCUACGGCGACGGCGGACCCAGGAGGUUGCCGGCGGGCGGCGCGGACCGGCCGGGGGGCAUCCAGGCGCGGCCGCUGCCGUCGCCGCCACCUUUCCCCGCCGUGUCGUGCGGCGACGGGGACGACUCGGCGGACGGGUCGUGUGACCCCGGCUCGGACGAGUACGACUACGUCCACCUGCAGGCAAAGGAUGACCCAGAGCCGGAGAAAACGAGCAACGGGAUGGGACCGAUUAAAGAUCAGAUCGAGUUGAUUCAGGUGUACCGCUUCGAGGGCGGCCCGACCCAGCCGGCCGCGGGCUGCGCCGGGCCCCUGGAGGCCCUGUGCCGCCUGCCGCUGUGCGCCCACGACCGCCAGCUGCUGCGCUUCUACGCCGAGCAGGGCGAGGCCCCGCUGCGGGCCCUGCGCUCGGCCGCCGAGUCCUUCGCCUCCCGGCUACGCGGCGGCGGCGGCGACGACGACCCGGCGGACGGGCCCGAGCCCGGGGCGCUGACGCCGCGGCAGCUGCUCGCCCACGGCCGCGCCGUCGUCCUCGGAGGCCACCGGCUGGCCUUCCUGGCCGACGCGCUGGCGCGCGGCGCCCUUUCCGCCGAGCUCCGCGCUGCCACGGCGGCCCUGGCCGAGGCCGUGAGCGAGCGGCUUCGCGCCGUCGCAGCCUCCAGCAAGGCGGCCGCCCUGCGCUACCCGACGGCGGCGGGGGCCGGCGCGUGGGCGCUGCGGCGCGAGACGGAGGCCCGCGUGGGCGAGCUGCUGCAGCAGGCGCACGGCUUCCACGAGCUGCUCACGCGCCUCGCCGGCAUGGCCACCGCCAGCGGACACUCGGGCCCCUAGGGCCGAGCGGAGGCCUCCGAGGCGACCCCCGCUUGCGUCGUAGAGACCCGGGGCGGGCCUACGCGAGGGGAGGGGAGGGUUGGUGGGGGAGGGGCCCGGGGUGGCGUCUGGCACCGUGGACACCGGGGGCACGUGGGCCAGCGUGGUGACCACUGGCGGCCCUGCUCCUGCAGAGGAAGCUGGCGUGAAACGGGGCGUCAGGAAGAGGGGAGGCCCGAGGGUGCCGUUGGCACAACGCUCGUGUGUGCAGUGGCCUGGCGUGGUCACAGCCCCAAUGGGUGAUUGCCUCACUCACCCCGAGUACAAUGUUCUCACUGUGUAGUUUCCUGGCAGCAUUCACUGAUAACCACUGGCGCGCCAACUUCUGUUUGAUAAAAACAUUGUUUUUUAUAAAUUUCCCCAAAAUAUGGAUUAAUACCAUCUGCUGCUCCCCCUGCCGAUUGGGUGACUGGGGAUGGCGACUUCCGAUCGACCGAUUGACGCGCUCUUCCACAAAACCCCAUGCCUCGGUCAUGCACAGGCCGCGUACUACUUGCUCUCGGUCAAGGCCCUGCCAACGACGAUUGGCCUCAAAAUUCCUGCGCGCCCGCUGUGACCUCGGUUCUUACGGUUCCACAUGAACCGAGCGAAGCUCGCGAUCCGGUCGCGUUUUUAUGCGGGAGCGGCCGCGGACACGUGACACCUCUCCAUUGCCUCCCUUGUCGAUUUAAAAACAACAGCAGUCCCUUGGCAUCAGGGAAGACUCCACAUCCCCCUUCUCGGCGAUGUCCCGGGAGAACCACUUUUGUCACUCGAGGCCAUGGUUUUUGGCUCACGAUUUGUACGACCCGCGUGUCCGUCUGUCCGUCCGUCCAUCUUGUCUGUCUUCUUUGUAUUGUUUGUUGUGGAUCGUACCAUCCCUCGCUACUUAGGCGAAGGAUGGUUCCGCGAAGCCCCAACGGAGAGUCCCAUGCUCGGCAUGCAGGCCUCAUCGCGGCCCUUGGCGCGAGUUGAUGCCAAGCGACCGCUGGUUGGGCGGGUGGAGGCAGCGAUUCGUGCGGAGCGUCGGGGGGGGGGGGGGAAUGGGGGGGCCGGUGUCGCCUGUGAAGGGGGCUGACGUUCGUCCUUCGCGACGGCGGCUGUCGCGAGCGCGAGGCGCGGUGGACGAGGACCUUCUCCGUCGUCAGCGUCGCGACUGACAUUUACACUCCGCGCGUCUCUCACCAUCACCCCCCCUCCCCUCACGUCGCCACCGCUCCCACGCCCUGCUCUCCCCUCUCCCUUUCCGGAGUUUUUUUUUGUCUGUAAAGUGGCUUUGGCCGCAGCGACGGACGCAGGAGGAUGCGAUUGUGGGGGGUUGGGGGGAGGGGUUUCGUGUUCCACGAACGAUGUCCGUGCAAAGGGGGGGUUGGUGGUGGCCCACCGGCGAAAAUGUCCCUGGGUGACUUCCCCUCCUCUGCCUAAAGCCCGAAACCUUCGACCCCCCCCCCCCCCCCCACGUGGGGUAGCGGUUGCACGUGGGUCGGGAAGGUGGGUUGGGUGCGGGGGGUGGGGAUGGCAUCCGGAUGUCGCGGGCGUGCGCCAUACUUCACCUUUAUCUGUCAUCGCGCACGGGAGAGAUAACGUUGCGUCGCCGCCACCACGCCGAGGGACCGGCGGGGUAUCGCCGCGCCCGGGAAGGCGGCUUCUCAGGGUGACCCUCCGCGCGCUCCCCCCAUGCCCCCUGCUGCUGCUGCUGCUGCGAGCGCCUCGUUGGCUCUGCCACGCGGCGCUUCCCCUUGCCGCCGCGCCACCUCCGCCCCGGGGAUGGGUGGGGGGGUCGAGAGUCCGUCGACUUUUUCUUUCAAUCACUCGUCGACCACGACGAGGGGCUCCGACGCCGGGCCGCCUCGCGUCGUUGGCUGUCGUCGUGGUUUGAGAGCGGAAGGACACGCGAGAGAAUAGCGGGAUGGGGUGGGGGGUGGUGGGGGUGUUCCCCUAACAGCGGUUGAAUCCUCAUCCCCCCCCCCCGAUGAUUAACGACGUGGGAAGUGGCUGAGCUCGAUCCGCUGCUGGUUGAAGGCUCCUUCUCUCCCCCCCACCAGAAGGCCGUCGCCAUUUCUCUCACGGCCCCCGCCAAGCACCAACCUCCGGGCGUUGAGAGCCGUUCAGGGCCCCGCUCAUUGACGGUGACGAACCGAUGCCUCCACGUGGUGGCUCGACACACGGCGGCAAUGCGAACUUGCCAACAACUGAAGAAGUGAAUGAAAAUGUAAGCGAUGGUUGGGGGGGGGGUGCAGUGGGUGUGCGUGGUGAAUGGCGAAGGUGGCGGUAGGGUUGGCUAGCUGGUUGUGGUUAGGUGUCGGGUUUAGCACACGGUUGUCUCGUGUGCUACCAGUGCCUGGUUGGCGAGUUUAUUCGGGUCACUGCUGAAUGGUAGCGCUCGUGUCUGGACGACUGCAGCAUGCGGUCCCGUUUCAAAUGUUGGCUGCUUUUAGGUUCCCCGCGUUGACCAUGCGCUGUGUGGCCCCGGCCCGCGUGUGCUGGCCCAGGGGCCUUUGGGCAGCUUGGAGAGGGGUGCUUGGGCGAGGUGGGUUGGUAGGGGUGGUGUGGGGGUCAGGGUCCCACGUGGCUGGGGUCAUCCCGACCUCGUCCUGCUCCUCCCCCGCUCGCCCCAUCUCUCGGAAUUGUCAGCAGCGUUUCCCUGGCGGUGCGGGGACUGCGAGCGCCGCCCUCUGGGUUUUUUUUUUGUGUUAAGCCUCACGAUGAUAUUCACGUUGCCAAAUGAACAAUUUUAAGAUUUUUUGAAUUCUAAGAUGUAAGAAUGCCCCAAUAACGCGUUUAAUUUGUCUCCGUUCUGCCGAAAUCCAGGCUCCAAGACCCACCCCCCCCCCAACUUCACGGUUCGGGUGUCAGAUUUGUACUGAUCGUCAAGUCGGCGGCGUGAAACUGUUAAGGGCUUCGUUUGUGCAACAAUGUUGGUGAUCGCUAAACCCCUUGGGGUCACGAGGCCUGACCUGGGAUGAGAAAGGGGCCCAGCUUUUAACAUCGGUGUGUUUGUCAGGGAACGAGGUGGGAAGGAUGGAGUCGGAAUGUCACGCGCUGAGGACCCCGAGGGUCCAUCGAUCUUGAGUGAGGGUGAUGAGGUGAUCCUUGUGAGGGGGUGGAUUCCAAAUAAUGAACUCGUACGGACCACUUGAGGCGCGGUGCAAGCGGCCGCGCGCGGCGAGCUCAGGGAUGUGGGAGCGCACCUCCUGCGCCGGUUAAAGCCCAUUUGACAGUUGCAGGGAGCGUGAGUGUGUGUGUGCACACGAGUGUGUGUGUGUGCACACGAGUGUGUGUGUGCACACGAGUGUGUGUGUGUGCUUGUGGGGAGCGGUGGUGCAGCGGUUAGCACCCUGCGCUACGAACCCGGCAACCCGAGUUCGAUUCCCACUCGCGGCCAACACCAUCAGUGACGGUUAUCUGAAACCGGUCCUGUGCCUCACCUAGGUCGACUCGGCCUCAAUUGAGUACCUGGUGCGGUGCGUAAACAUCGCCACUGGGGAGACAGAGACGGCCCGGCGUGGUGCUGGCCACCCACCACCUCGCGUGCCGUGCCGGCCUUCAUAGGUGCUCGCUAACAGCACUUCCCCCAGCAGCAGUGUUAAGGCUAUACGGGGGAUCUUUGUCUGCGUUUGGAUUUUACUUCUGGCAGUCUAAGGUGGAAGUGGGCGUUAUUUGAUCAAAAUCGAUACUGCUGCUGCUGUCGUUCUUGCAGCCGCAGUAUCUUGUGGUGGCUGCUCUUUGAUGUGUUUUUUUGGGGGGAGGGAGGGGCGUGGGGGGGCGGGUCGUAUCCGCGCGUCGUUGGGGUGCGACGUCCGACGUUUCGCGCCACGUGCUGGGAGAGGUUGUGUUUCGUACUCGUGAGAGUUCGUGGAGACUUGCCACGUGGCGCCCGGGCCUCUUCAGUUUGCGUUGUGUGUGUGAGAGAGAGAGAAGGAUGAGAGGUCCUGUACAUACAGGUAUAAUUAUGUCCAUUAUUCCACGAGAUAAAACAUUAAUCGGGUGGAGAGGGGUAUCUGCACCGCACCCCCUCUACUGCUAAAUCACGCAUUGCUAUUUAGCGGUGGAUCACGUGGCCUUGAAUUAAAGUCGCUUUUGUAAACACUUCAGCCAUGACCUUUGUACAAUGGAGUUUUCAUAUGAAACGAUACAAAUAAGUAGACCUUUUUAAACAAAUACAGAAAAUGUUACUAACUGGAAAUGUGUUCUAAUAAAGUUGUAUGUUGACUCGU